GAUAUUAUAUCUAAUCAUUUCGGACGGAUUCCAGAUCAUUUUGCUUCGGAUCAGUCUUGCGAUCAACAUCUUUAUUCUUCUCGUUGAGGCAGACAACAACAUGACGUGGCAAGUAGCAAUCGCUCUCCUGCUGGUGGGAGUUGGUGUCGUCUCUGCAAAUCUCGGUGACCAAAACUUUCCAGGGUGUUGGCCGAAGUGGACCAGCGAUCAUCCCCGACCCGCCUGUGACUGCAGUAAAGCAUCGGGUAGAGACUCUUGGGUUUAUGGUGAAAGUGGCUCCUUGACGUGCUGGAGUGACCGAGGGGUACCAGGAAUGGUGUACAGAUUUAACCCAGAGUUACAGACACGUUCCCAAGCCUCAAAGGGCUGCAACAAUUGGGAUGAAGCAGUGUGUGAGGGCGAAUACUUGGGUGGAGUAGACCAAGGGCAAUGGAGAACUGGUUUGCUGAACAUCCAAUUUGAAAACGAACUGGAAGGGGGUGUCAUACCUGCCCUCGCCAAAGCCUGCAUCACUCCAAGAACAAACGGGUACGUGUGGUUCUGGGUCCGCAGGAUCGACUACGGCAAAGUGUCCUUCGUUGAUGGGUCAAGUUCCAAACAAAGCGGCGAAUGCUUGGCUAUCAGAGUCGGUAACGAUGGUAGAAUCUACGGCCGGUAUUUUAGUUGCAGUGACAAGCUACCGUCCUUCAUUAGGAUCACACCAGUACAAAGUCACUAGAGGGACCGAUCUGAAAAUGAAAGGCGAUUGCCUUGACCAACCGUAGAUCCUCUUUUUCAAUUCGAAGUCAAGUGUUGUGCGAAUGAAUCCUCUGGAUGUUAGUUAGCACAGGGUCACCCAAACAGCAUUAUAUAAGAUUAAAGUAUACAUUCACCAUGUCGACCUCUGUUGUUGUUGUCGUUUAUCACGUUUAAGCCAAACUAAUCAAAGAAACACUGAUAAAUAGGCAUAACGAGUUCAUCGAGAAAAUUACGGGUAAACAUUGGCCUACAAGACUCUGAAUAAAACUCGAGAUGACCAUUGCUAUUUUGGACAGCCUGAUAUUCCUGUGGCAUCUAAUUCUAUGGUGUAAUAAAUCAUUUAAUUAGAGAUUGAGAUUUAAUUCAUUUCAAAUAUAAACAUUGCAUUUCCCGACGCAAUAUUGUCAUAUUCAAUUAAUCAACACCAAAUGGUGAAGAUUUGUGCAAAUAAGCAUUGAAACGAUGACGUCACUUUUUUUUUCUUUCAGCAUUUUGGUAACCAUUUCUUGAGUGAGCAUGCAUGAUAAAUAACACAGGUAACCCAAAUGUGGAUGGAAUCGGUUCAUAGAGCCCAAGAUGUGGCCAUAUAAUUUGCACUAAGCGCCAAUGAAAUCAGUAAAAAUAGGCAUGUUUCAAACUUUGGCUUGAUCGCUAACAGUUAUUAACCAGGCAAAACUGCACCCAGUUCGAUGGUAGUACUUAAGUAAUUUUAUUAAGCAUUUAGGUGGACAUUGAUCAGGUCAAUGUGAACCAACUUCUGAUUUCAAAUGUUAUUUUUGGAGGCUUGUCAUUAUGCGCUGCCUACAAUGGGGUCAUGAAAAUGCUGAAAUACCAAAACGCACACACACCCACAAACACACCAGUCCCCUCGAAGCAAACGAAAUGAUGACGUCACAAGAUUUUUUUUCUUUAAAUAUAGGGCUGUUGAAAACAUGACGUAAAAUAUUUCGCCCCGUGUUUUUAAAUAAAUUUAGUACACGACACAACGAGUUUGACCGCCAUUCAUACCUAUUCUCAUAGUAGAAAUGAAAAUCUUUCAUGUUAUUUUCAUGUUUUUUUGUUUUUUUUAUAUAUAGUAACUAUAUUAACAAUCAGAUUUCACGGUUCAUGUAACUUACUGUUAUGAGCAGUCAACGAGAGAAGUAAUAAAACGGUUGGACACAUAUAA